UUUGUUUGCUAGUUUCGCUGUUCUGCAGCCAGUCCGCUGUGCCCAGGGAGCCUAUGGCUCAUGGUGAAAACUUGUAGGCAGGGAUUGAGUUCUACCCUGAGCUGAGAUUCCUGGGACUCCAUGAGGAUGAAAGGAUGCCAUGUUUUCAGGAUCUGUGGAGGGAAUUCCAGGAUUUCCUGGAAACCAAGGAUUAAUGGGCCAAAAGGGAGAAAUUGGGCCUCCAGGACCAAUAGGAAAAAAAGGAGCUCCAGGGAUGCCUGGCUUGAUGGGAAGCACUGGCUCACCAGGUCAUCCUGGAACACCAGGAGCUAAGGGGAGCAAAGGUGAACCUGGACUUCAAGGGGUACCUGGAGCUUCAGGACUUAAGGGAGAACCAGGAGCAUUGGGUUCCCCAGGAGAACCAGGAUACAUGGGUUUACCUGGGAUUCAAGGGAAAAAGGGGGACAAAGGAAAUCAAGGUGAAAAAGGUGUUCAGGGUCAAAAGGGAGAAAAUGGAAGACAAGGAAUUCCAGGGCAGCAGGGACUCCAAGGCCAUCCUGGUAUAAAAGGAGAGAGAGGUGAAAAAGGAGAACCUGGUGUCAGAGGUGCCACUGGCCCAAGAGGAGAAUCUGGAGUGGCUGGUCUGAUGGGGCCUGCAGGUCCCAAGGGGCAACCUGGGGAAAUGGGUUCUCAGGGACCUCCAGGUUUGGAUGGGAAGCCUGGCAGAGAAUUUUCAGAACAAUUUAUUCGACAAGUUUGCUCUGAAGUAUUAAGAGCCCAGCUACCAGUCUUACUUCAGAGUAGAAGAAUUCAAAAUUGUGAUCAUUGCCAGUCCCAGCAUGGCUCCCCUGGUAUUCCUGGGCCCCCUGGACCCACAGGCCCAGAGGGUCCCCGAGGAUUUCCUGGCUUGCCAGGUAGAGAUGGUGUUCCUGGAUUAAUGGGCAUCCCUGGCCGCCCAGGAGCCAAAGGAUUAAAAGGCCUACCAGGAAGAAAUGGAGCAAAGGGAAGCCAAGGGUUCGGGUAUCCUGGAGAACAAGGUCCUCCUGGUCCCCCAGGUCCAGAGGGCCCUCCUGGAAUAAGCAAGGAAGGGCCUCCUGGAGACCCAGGUGUCCCUGGCAAAGAUGGAGAUCAUGGAAAACCUGGAAUCCAAGGGCAACCAGGCCCCCCUGGCAUCUGCGAUCCAUCUCUAUGUUUUAGUGUAAUUGUCGGAAGAGAUCCAUUUAGAAAAGGACCAAACUAUUAGUGCCUGGUGCCUCAUCCAGCAACCUAGGCAUGGUGCUUUUCUUGUGUGGUCUUUUGCAUCUCAGGAAGAAAACCAGCAGUAAUCCCUUGAAAAGAAACUAAAGUACCUCGGUGUUUUUAUUUUUUUUUUCCUUAUGGAAAAAUAUAUAAACGGUCACAUAUACUGAUUUUAAAGGCUCCUCAGUAAUUUGGAGUCAUUAGAUUAGUAGCAUUAAUUAAAUCUCUAGGGUUUCUUGUAAAGUCCAUCUGUUUUAAUCAAAGUUGAAUAUAAAUAUCCACCAUUGCUUGUUAGCCAGUUGAUUUUAGUCACUGUGAAAUAUUUCACAUUCAGCAGUAGAGAUUUGAGUUCAAUUUCAUGUCUGUGUGAAUUUCAUGUUUCUUAUCUCAUAGUACAUGCUUUUACAUUAGCCAAAAUACAUAUCUGGUCAUUGGAAAUAAGAUCAGGGCUGAUAUUCAACUGGAUAGACCAUAUUGCCAUAUCAGUCAUUGACUCCAGCGUCUGUGCCUAGGAGUAAGAGUCAGUGGACAGCUUCUUGUUCAAUAUUUUGAAUAUCAUCUCUGAAUAAGAUUGUGUUUUGUAUUUCAUUUUCAAAUUCUAAAAUUGAAUGAAUGAUUAUUCUAAGAAAGAGUACUAAUUACAUUGGGAAUGGUCAAAAUUAUGUAACAUUAAAAACAUUUUAGAAAAAAGUUUCAUUGUAUAAUAUAGUAAAAAAAUGUAAGUUCAGAAGUACUAAAAAGACUUUUUCCUUCAUACUUACUGAUGAAUAAGAAUGUUUGUCGUAUGCCUCCAUUUUUCAUUUCACUUAUUAUAUGUGUAUGUUCAUAUAUGUUAAUUUUCAUUGUAGCAAAGCUAAUGGGUAUAAAUACUCUAGUUGAAAGAAAAGACAACUCCACAAAUCCUAGAAUGUCUUGAUAUUUUUAAGACUUUAAAAUAUUAUGAGCAGUCUUUGUGUAUUGUUCUUAAUGCUUUUGUAAGGAACAGAAUAUGAGAUAUUUCAUCUUUGUCAUGCUCAAAAUUUUGUUACAUGCUUGGUAUACAGAGUACAAUAAAGUUUUGUACAGGCCUGA